AAUUAUUUCGUAAUAAUUCUUUUUUUGAAUAAUAUUUCUCUAAGAACACUUUAAACAUUGCUAUAAACUAUGUAAAAAUGUGUAGAAACGUGAUUUUUAUAUGUUUAAUUACGAUUGUAUCAAUUGCAACGUCAUUGCCUGACGCUCAUCAUGAUCAUCAUGCUCGAUGGAUAGGAAGUAAUUUGGGAUCGUUAUUGGGACUUAAGCCGGUAACGACGGAAGCACCCAUUGAAAGUGAACAAAAUGGCAGUGAAUUGGAUAGCGUUGAUGAAUCAGAUGAAGAUGCAGAUGAAUUACCAGAAGAAAAAUUGGGUCUUUUGAAUAAUGUUGUUGGAUUGUUGACUACAACAACAACAAAGAGACCAGCUAUAAAAACUACAACUGCAGCUCCAGAUAUUCACGCAUUGGUUGGUGUUGCUGCGAGAGUAGAUGAUGAACCAGAUACAACAACAACAACUACUACUAGCACAACUUUAGCCCCAACAACAACUACUCCCACGACUACUACGUCAACAACUACAGAAACUACAACAGAAGUAACAACGGAGACCACAACGGAAACUACAACUGUUGAAACAACUGAAACAACUUCAGAAAGCACAACUGACGAAACUACAACGCCACCUUCAACCACAGUAUCGGAAACAACUGAAACUGAAACAGAAAUAACAACAACGACAACUGAAGAGACUACUACAACCGCCCCAACGGAAACCACAACUGAAACUACCCCGGAAACAACUGAAGAAGAAACAACUCCUACUACAACGGAAACAACUGUUCAGAGUACGGAAACUACAGAAACAACUGAAGUAGAAACAACAACUGAAAACACAACUGACGAAACUACAACGCAAUCUUCAACAGAAACAACUGAAGCGGAGACAACAACAACAACAUCUGAAGAGACUACUACAACCUCCUCAACAGAAACCACUCCAGAAACAACUGAAGAUGUAACAACUCCAACAAGCACUGAAUCAACCACAUCAACGGAAACAACCGAAACUGAAGAAACAACCCUCACUACUAUUGAAACAACAACAGAAGUUGAUAUAACUCCAACAACCACACCAGAAACCACAACUACUGAAGUCUCUACUGAGGAAACAACAUUGACCACAGUUGAUACAACAACUUCGGAAGCAACAACUAUAACCACAGUUCCAACAACAACAACAACACAACCUACAACAACAACACAACCUACAACAACUGCUCUUUCUACUACAACUUCAAAUUGGCAGGAACAUUAUGACAAAUGGCGUGACGCGCUUACAGCCGCCAUUGUACCUCUGACAAUGACUUUACCGUUUUUAUCACCUCAAAACGCAAUAUUUCUCUUGUUAAUUGUUUUUGCACCAAUGAUAUUCAAAUUCUUCUAAUCAACAUACAUUUAUACUUCUAAAAUUACCCGAAAAAUAAAAGCAACCCAUGGAAUUAUCUUUUGUUUCUGUUUGGUUGUUAUAUACAUGGCCUAGCUGAUUUUUUGACAUUAUUUCUGUCAAAAUCAUCCAACUCCCCAUUGAAUUAUAAAAUAGCACCCAUCUUUCAAUUUCAAGCACUUUUAAGCUCUCCAAAAUGGAAUCCACAAGUGUUUACGCCCGUAUUCAACGCACCGUACUGGAAAUCCGCGAAGAAAUGGAUAGAUUCGAUCAGUUCAAGAACGUUUACACGAAAGUAAUGAAAACGCUGCAGACGCUGUCAUCACAAUGCGAAGAAUCAGCAAGCGCAGUUAAAACAAAAACAUCAUACCUAAAGAUGCUGCUGGAUAUGGAAAAGAACAUCAAUGGCGACACCGAAAUCAAAGACGAACCAACCGAUAACAUGGAACUUGAAGAAAGUCCUGAACAAAAAGUAUUCGCUGGAUUACUCAACAUGUAACACAAAUAUUUUUAAGUUGCACACAAAAGAAUAUAACUUUAACAUGUCUUCGAACAUAACCUUCUUUGACAGCUUCGAUGCUACAUAAAAUCAUGUCUAAAAUGCUUUACUGAAACCAAUAAAGUAAGUUUAAAUUUA